AUGGACCUGCCUCCACAGCUCUCCUUCGCGCUCUAUGUGGCCGCCUUUGUGCUGGGCUUCCCACUCAACGUGCUGGUUAUCCGAGGUGCUGCGUCCCACGCUCGGCUACGACUUACCCCCAGCCUUGUCUACGCUCUCCACCUGGGCUGCUCUGACCUCUUGCUGGCCGUCUCUCUGCCCUUGAAAGCCGUGGAGGCUCUGGCCUCUGGGGCCUGGCCUCUGCCAGUCUCCCUCUGUCCUGCUUUUGCCCUCGUCCACUUUGCUCCCCUCUAUGCAGGCGGAGGUUUCCUGACUGCCCUGAGUGUCGGCCGUUACCUGGGAGCAGCCUUCCCUUUGGGCUAUCAAGCCAUCCGGAGGCCAUGCUACUCCAGGGGUGUGUGUGUGGCUAUAUGGGCCAUUGUCCUCUGUCACCUGGGACUGGUCUUUGGGUUAGAGGCUCCAGGAGGCUGGAUGGACAAUACCACCAGCUCCCUGGGCAUCAGCAUGCCAGUCAACGGCUCUCCAGUCUGCCUGGAGGAAUGGGACCCGGCCUCAGCUGGCCCUGCCCGCCUCAGUCUCUCCCUCUUGCUCUUCUUCCUGCCGUUGAUCAUCACAGCCUUCUGCUACAUUGGCUGCCUCCGGGCACUGGCCCAGUCUGGUCUGAGCCACAGAAAGAAGGUGAAGGCAGCCUGGGUGGCCGGGGGCGCUCUGCUCACCCUGCUGUUCUGCCUAGGGCCCUACAAUGCCUCCAACGUGGCUGGCUUCCUGCAGCCCAACAUGGGAAGAGGCUGGAGGAAGCUGGGACUCAUCACAGGUGCCUGGAGCGUCGUGCUCAACCCGCUGGUGACCAGUUACUUGGGAGGAGGAAGUGGCCACUGGAUAGUAUGUGUGGCAAAAAUGCAAGAGAUGACAUCCCAGAAGUAG